UUUUGUUUUCUUUUUCAUUUUUCUUAUUUUUGGUCUUUUUUUUUAUUUGUAGUUUCUUUUUUUUAUUUUUUGUUCCAAUUUUCUUGAUUAAGGAAGCCAUUUUGAAUUGAUUAAGGAAGAGAUUUUGUACUAGGAGUUAAAAUACCUACUUUUUUUUUUGUUUUUCUGUUCUAUAAACAAAGAAAAAAUGUUUUCAUUUGAUUUCUUUUUUUCUUACGCGGGUUGAGUUUUUCUUGAUGUACAUGCUCUUGAUAGGUUUUAUGAUUUGGAAUAAUGGGUUGUAUUUUGAUUCUGUUAACGCUUCAAUUUUUGUGCUGUUUUCUGGAUACGAACGUUCACUAGCAUGAGAAAAGAUGGCAGUUCGACACUUGUUAGUUGUUGAUUAGUUUCUAGCUCCAAGAUUGAAUUUCUUUUUCCUUUUGGUUUUUUGGAUCUGGGUUCUGGAGAAAGAUAAAAUAACACAAAAAUUAUUUCAGAAUAUUCUUUAUAUCAUCAGAAAUUGGGUGGAUUUGCAGGACAAUUUGUUUGGUUAUAUCUAUGAUUGUAGACUUUGUAAUACAUGCUGGAGAAUUUUGAAAUUUCGAGAUUUAACAUGAAAGUUUUCAUCUUUAUUCGUUCCGAUAUUUUUUAAGACUUUAUUUUCUCUUUUUUUUUUUUUGGUAUGUUUUAAAGGUUGUGAUAGAUAGCUAUGAUUUUAUUGCAGUUUGACAUUUAUGAUUUAAUUGAAUUGGGAUUAAAAUGUAUGCCCAUCAUUGGAAAUGUAAUGAGAAUGCUAUGUACGAUUAACUUAAACUUUGCUUGGUUUGGUGAACAUUUAUUAGAUCUUGUGUUUAAGGAAGAAAAAAAGUUAUGUAAGGGAAAUUGAAUGACAUAAUCAUCUCACCUACUCCUUUGUCGGAUUUGUAGGGCAAUUUGAAUUGAGGUCAUCUGUGUUUGCUGCUGUUCGAAACAAGAAAUGGGAUCUCAUCUGAAUUUCAAGAACUUUGGUGAUGCUCCAAGUAUGGAAAAGAACGGAUCAAAGCCACUGGGGAAUUUCCCAUUGGCUAGGCAGUCAUCCAUAUAUUCAUUGACCUUUGAUGAGCUUCAGAACACCUUUGGUGGACUUGGGAAGGACUUUGGAUCAAUGAACAUUGAUGAACUCUUGAAAAAUAUAUCAACUGCUGAAGAGACUCAGGCUAUGAUGACAGCUUCAUUUCCUGGAGGAGAAGUAAGUGUUUCUGGUGGCAGUUUGCAGAGGCAAGGAUCAUUAACAUUGCCAAGGACUCUUAGUCAAAAAACGGUUGAUGAAGUAUGGAGAGACUUGAUGAAAGAAAAUGACGGUGCUAAAGGUGUUAGUAGUGUUGGGGGUGGUGGAGGAGCAAAUUUUCCACAGAGGCAACAGACUUUGGGAGAGAUGACUUUGGAGGAAUUCUUGGUGAGGGCAGGUGUAGUAAGAGAAGAUAUGCAACAGAUUGGAAUGCCAAAUAAUAGUGGAUUCUUUGGUAACAACUCUGGGUUAGCUUUUGGGUUUCAACAGACUAACAAUAACUCAGUUCUUAAUCAGCCUCCAAUGUUACCAUUAAACAUGAGUGCAGUCAAAUCCUCACAGCUGCAGCAGCAGCAGCAGCAACAACAACCACAGCAACAGCAACAGCCGCAGCGACAACCACAACCACUCUUUCCCAAGCAACAAAUAGUUGCAUUUGCUCCUUCUAUGCACUCAAUAAACACUACACAGAUCGCUAGUCCAGGAGCUAGGGGUUCAAUGGUUGGAAUUGGUGGACCUUCUUUGAAUGGUAAUCUAGUUCAGUCUACUGGGCUCCCGAGUGGUGGGAGGGGAAUAGUUGGUUUGGGAUCUCCUGCAUGCCAGAUAUCUUCAGAUGUGAUUUCAAAGAACAGCGUAGAUACCUCUUCUUUUUCACCAGUUCCUUAUGUAUUUGGACGGGGAAGAAAAUGCAGUGCAACUUUGGAGAAAGUAGUUGAGAGAAGGCAAAGAAGAAUGAUUAAGAACAGAGAGUCAGCUGCAAGAUCACGAGCUCGCAAGCAGGCCUAUACAUUAGAACUUGAAGCUGAGGUUGCAAAACUUAAAGAAAUGAACCAAAAAUUGCAGAAGAAACAGGAAGAAAUAAUGGUAAUGCAGAAAAAUCAGAUGUUAGAGACACUGAAUCGACCAAGGGGACGGAAAAGACAAUGCUUGAGAAGAACACUGACAGGCCCUUGGUAGAUUUGGAGCUCUUGAUGGUAGAAACAUUACUUAAAUAUACAAUCUUGGCCAUUGGUACGGUACAAGGAAUGCGGUGUUAAUCUAUUAUACGUAUCUUGAUACUGCAGAGGGGGUAGAUAGUGUAUGUAUAGGAGGAGCAAAAGGGUUUUGAGUUGUAAAUUUUGAACUUAAUAGUAUAAUUAGUUUCGCCCUGUAGAUUAGACUUUCUCAUAGUUAUUGGCUUGGUCUCUGUUUGCCUAUCUUGAUAUAACCUUGACAAUAAAGGCUUGUAGGACAGUUAAAUGUUUGUUCCAUUAUGGUUUUACAUUUUACACUCUAUCCAAUACAUUUCUUUUAUGUUUCAAAUAUCUAGACGGUUGGGGUUGCCUAAGAUUUAACGCUUUUUUUUCCCUGGUGACUCAUGGUGUCUUUGAUGGUUUUUGGUUGAAACCAUUUUGUUGUUGAUGUUGAUAAUUUGUGUUUCUGUUUCUAAAGCAACCUUGAGAAAGAACAAAAGUCGUGCACGUUUAGUUUCUUAUAAUUUCGUACUGGACAGAUGGCAAAGUCCUAGCUUCAUUCAGCGGAAUCGUUUAUCCCAUCUACGUGGAUGUCUAUCCACCUUUUAGUUUGACUCGUACCCCAAAAGCGUAAACUAGAGAUGCCU